AUGGUUACAACAACAUCCCGGCAUCUUACCGGCGGCGAUCAAGCUUCUCCGCAGUCGGAGAUCGCUCUUUCCGGUAGCGUUGAGGCAGUUCUGGAGAGAAUCUACGGGAAACACAAUCAUCCUCCGAUCAAAAUGGAGACAAGGCGGAGACUUUCUUCGAUUCCCCAGGAAGUGGCUUUGGAAACGCUGAGUAAAGUUUUCAAUGUUGAGCAUGUGAAAGCGACCGUCGACAAGCUCAUCAACUAUUUUCUUGGCCAACAGACCGUUUCUGUUUGUGGCUCUCCACGGCCGAGAUCCGGCGACUCUCCGGCGCCGUCUCCUAGAACUCCGGGGAAAAAACAUGGCAGGCUUUUUCAAGAGAUGUCACUUGAUUCUGAAGCUCCUUCUCCUAAGUCUCUGAAAAGAGAAAUCAAUGGAGGAUCUCUGCACGUUCCUCCUCAGCUCUUAGCUUUGGGUGAAGUCGAAUUUAACAAGGUGUUUCUGUUGCUCACCUAUACUCCAGGGCAAUCUCUGGCUGAGGUUAUAACCGCUGAUGAGGUUAUAACUGCUGAUGAGAUUUGGCAGUGGAAGGAUUUGCCUAUGGCUGCAUAUGAAGCAGCCGUUUGGGACCGCUUUGGCCAGAAAUAUUGCUCCCCAACAGACCGAAGAGUGUCACUUGAAUCGGAUACCGGCAAGACUCAUCAUCGUUACUAUCAAUGUCAUGUCGCCUUGGACGGUAGGUGCACAUUCAAGGGACCUCUUAUUGAGAACACUGGAACGCACCUGCACAAGGUUUUGGGUGAUGAUAAUGUUCUAACCGUCAAAUUCGCGUACGUGCCAGGCGAGGCAACCUAUUGUGAUGACAUUUACUCUACAUACAAAGAGAUUGCUAAGAAGGGUAUCAGGGUUGGUUUACGCCGUUAUCGAUUUUUUGUUUUCAAAGAUGGAGGAAAAGAAGAGAAGAAAAAGGAUUUUUCUACAAUGGGAGUGAAAUGUUACUUUAUACGGACAGAGUCGACAGCAUCUAAUGAUAUGCGAAACCCCUAUAUCUUCUCUGGAAUGUCAAUUCAUGAAGCACGUAUGCAUUUUAUGCAUGUGCAAACAUUGCCAACUUUGGCCAAAUAUAUGGCAAGGUUUUCUUUGAUCCUGUCAAAGACGAAGAAGCUUGAAGUUGACACGAAUGGGAUUAUCUUCGAGGAAAUUGAUGAUAUACACUGCCGUGAUCAAAACAAUAAUGAUGUUCUUGAUAAGAAUAAGAAGGCUUGUAUACAUUCAGAUGGCACUGGCUACAUCUCCGAGGACCUUGCUCGGAUGUGUCCUACAGAUAUUUAUAAAGGGAAACGUAGCAGAAGUUACAGUGUGCAGGGAACCUCUGGCAUAGAGCCGCCUCUACUGAUCCAGUUUCGGAUGUUUCAUAAAGGUUGUGCUGUUAAGGGUACUUUUCUGCUGAACAAGAAACUUCCUCCUCGGACUGUCCAGGUUCGACCUUCUAUGGUCAAGGUGUAUAAAGAUCCAACCUGGACAAUGUUUACCACUUUCAACUCCCUCGAAAUAGUCAAUACAAGUAAUCCACCAAGAAGAACAAAGCUCUCACGAAACUUGAUCGCGCUACUUAGCUAUGGAGGAGUCCCUAAUGAAUUCUUUUUGGAAAUAUCGCAACACGUUGGAAGAGUCGAAAACCAUAGUCUACAACAUAAAUGCUGCGCUUAG